AAGAGGGCACUGUGAAAUGAAGAUGAAAAUGGCCGACGGGAGUACAGCGGUUCUCCGCCGAAACAGGCCAGGAACCAAAACAGAGAACUGGUGCAGUUGGAGUGAUGAGUCGUUUGAAGAGAUGGACAGUACUCUUGCUGUACAACAGUUUAUACAACAGGCAAUUAGAAAAGACUUCACAAAUGUUGAAGAGAUCUUGACACCACCUGAAGGUCAGGAUGAAGGUGUAUGGAAGUACGAACAUCUAAGACAGUUUUGUAUGGAGCUGAAUGGAUUGGCUGUGAAACUACAGUUAAAUAAUGAAUGUAACCCUGAGACCUGUACCCAGAUGACUGCCACAGAACAGUGGAUCUUCCUAUGUGCUGCUCACAAGACGCCAAAAGAGUGUCCAGCCAUCGAUUACACAAGGCACACACUAGAUGGAGCUGCCUGUCUCCUUAAUAGCAACAAAUACUUCCCUAGCAGAGUUAGUAUAAAGGAAUCAUCGGUAGCCAAGCUUGGGUCUGUGUGUCGGCGGGUGUAUAGGAUCUUCUCUCAUGCCUACUUCCACCAUAGGACACUGUUUGAUGAAUAUGAGAAUGAAACCUACCUCUGUAGAAGAUUUACAAAUUUUGUGACCAAAUAUAACUUGAUGUCCAAAGACAACUUGAUAGUUCCAAUUCUAGAGGACCAGCAAGGAAUAGAGGGGGAGAGUGAAGCUUAGGGGAGAUAACUCUUCUUAUCCUGCGUACAUGCAUGCAUGAUAUGGAAAAUACAUGAUUUUGAGACAAUAUAGAGCUUGGUCAAUUUAAAAUACCAGAAAGAUGGAGUUAGGGAACAUAAAUGUAAGAUUACUUUGAUGACGUGACAUCAUGCUGUCUAUAAACAGAGCUUGAUGGCGUUUGAAGCUCAGCAGAUGUGAAUUUACGUUGGAGAGAUUUAUUUUUACCAUUAAGUCUGAAGUCAAAGUAAAAUGUUGGUAGAGAAAACAGUGGGUAAGUCAAUUCUGAUUUCAACAAAAAGCUACUUCGCAGUGGCUUAGAAAGAGGAAUAAUACACUUAUGUCAGACCAAAUAUACUCUGUGGAAGCAGACAUGUACAGCUGCUACAGGAACAAACCUCAGGGGGGACUGAUGGAUAGUGCGACUGAUGGAUAGAGUGGUGAAAUCUACUGUGUUGACAGUUGCAGCAUACAAAUCAUUUAAAAUGUUCACAGUGUCAUGUGGUUUUUAUUGUACUCAUAGAAUUGUUCAAUUUGUUUUCAGUCCCACAUACAAUGUUUAAAUCCUGUAACACAUGAAUCUCCCAUGAAUUGUGAAUGCAAGUCACUGGUGCAAUAUCUCACAGGGAACACAGUAGCUGUGCAAAAGUUGCUAAUCCAGUCACUGUUCAAGUAUUUCCUUAAACAUCACAUUUUAACGCUUGCUCUUAUAAAUAUACAAUUAUAUACAGUACAUAUACAUGUAUAUACAAGCAAGAGCUAUCUGGAAGUAUGUGUGAUUAAGUCAAAAUGUGAUUAUCGUGUGAUAGGAAGAUGGGCUUUAUACAAUUUUCAGGUCUCUUUUUCAGAUGAUUGUAAGGUUAUAUAUGUAAAGCAUAACACAUCAAUUUAUAUAUAUCAUGAACAAAACUUAAAAUUGGAAAUAGGGAAGGAAUGUAUACCUAGCAAGAAAAAAUGAAAUAAUAAACAGGACAUGAAUUGAUAGUGCUGUCAGGGAGUCACUUGUACAACUGGGCUAAAAGCUGGAUUAUCCGUGUAAAGCUAGGUUGUAUAAGCAUAGUGUGUGUGCUGUAGAAGGUACUGCCCUAACAACACCUGGUAAUACUUUUACAUAAUUUUAAAAAUCUUUCUUUGAGGUCACCUUCAUAUCUCGUAUGAAUCAAAUAAUGUGUUAUCUAAUGUAAUUGGUUACAACUAAGUCCAUAGCAAGAAAUGAUGUGAUGAAAAUCAAACUAUAUACUGUUUAUACUGAAACACACUUGGCUGUGGUAAGCUAUAUACUGUAAAACAGUAGCAGGCACAGUAGUCUAGUGGUUGGACGCAGUGCUCACGACCGAAGGGUUGCUGGUUCGAGUCACGGCAUGGCACUGUGUUGUAGCUUUGAGCAAGAUACUUUACUCCGCUUGUUCCAGUCUACUCAGCUGUAAAUGAGUAUGUGGUUGGGCAGUGCUAGAACUGUUGAAUGCUAGCUGUGAGCGUCGAAAUGGCAGCACCAGCUGUAUGCUCCCCAGGGAGUUGAUAAAGAUAUUGGCUGGUUGUGAAGGCCCUAUAACCACGGAUAAUAAUUUGUGAACCGCUUCAAGAUGACCCUACGAGCUAGGUUGUGAUAAAGCGGUAUAUAAGAACCUCAAAUUAUUAUUAUUAACACAUUUGGCUGUGUUUAGCUAUAUGCUGUAGCACACUUGGCUGUGGUAAGCUAUUGUUUUAUUUCCUGUUGGUACAUUUACUGAUACUAUUUCAAUACAAACUUCAUGAAAAUCUCAACAAAUAACUGUUUUCAUUACCUGUUUCAGAUAUGUUUAAUGAGUAAUAUUACUGAUUAAUAAAUAUAAAAUUGCUUGCGUGUCAUGUACCCCCUUUAUGAAAGAGUCCAGAAUUCAGAAUUAUAACGGACAGUAACAUUGAUUUGUACAUGAAAAUAAUAAGUAAUUGUCAUGAUCAAAUAACUAACACAAUACUGUUUGCUGUACUCAGAGGACUUUGAGGGAGAUGAGCCCUGAGCUAAAUCUGGUUUUAAUGCUCAGUAAAUAAAGUUUAUUAUUAUAAUUGUAAUUAUGAAAACUGUACAAAGUGCUCACCCACUAAUAAAAUAAAAAUGGUACAAAUGUACUCAUAAAUAAACAAUGUACUCUAUAUUGAUCUACAUUCUAUUUUUAGAAUCAGUAGUCCCUAUCUGAUUAACAUAGAGAUAAAUGUGGUGUAAAAGAUGUGUAAUUAGGCUGCCUUACAAGCGUCAGCUGUAGGAAAUUUCCAUUUAUUUCAGCGGUAGAGCAUCGGGCUGGCGAGCCAAUGGUCGCGGGUUUGAGCCUCAGCGACGGCACUAUCUUUAUCACUAUUUCUCAUCCUACUGCAAUGGAAAUAUAAUUACUGUCUCCAUAUCAACAUGUAUCUGUUUCUCUUGUCAAGUAUAGUGUAGGCCUUCUCACCUAUAGCUGCAGUAGGUGUAUUUUGUCUUUUCUUACCAGUAUACGUAGGAACUGGCAAAUCAUGUACCAUCGAGGAGUGUGUGUGUAGAACUGGAUUUUGAUGCUGAGCCCUAACUUAUUUACACGUAUCUGUGGUUUGUAGAGAGGAAGUGUGUGUGAUGUUGCUAUUAACCCAUUAAUUAUGUAUUGUUUAUUUACAUAUUUGUAUAAAGACGUAAUAAAUUGUCAUUUUGAAAUGUAA